AUGUACAGUAAUCCUUCAUCACUUUACAUCCUUUUUUACAUUCUAAACUACAUAAAAGGAUAUAAUACUGUACAAUUUAUUACACAAUAUACUACAUCAUAUACUAUACAAUAUACUACAUCAUAUACCAUCCAAUAUACUACAUCAUAUACCAUGCAAUAUACUACAUCAUAUACCAUGCAAUAUACUACAUCAUAUACUAUACAAUAUACUACAUCAUAUACCAUGCAAUAUACUACAUCAUAUACCAUGCAAUAUACUACAUCAUAUACUAUACAAUAUACUACAUCAUAUACCAUCCAAUAUACUACAUCAUAUACCAUGCAAUAUACUACAUCAUAUACCAUGCAAUAUACUACAUCAUAUACUAUACAAUAUACUACAUCAUAUACCAUGCAAUAUACUACAUCAUAUACCAUGCAAUAUACUACAUCAUAUACUAUACAAUAUACUACAUCAUAUACCAUGCAAUAUACUACAUCAUAUACCAUGCAAUAUACUACAUCAUAUACUAUACAAUAUACUACAUCAUAUACCAUGCAAUAUACUACAUCAUAUACUAUACAAUAUACUACAUCAUAUACCAUCCAAUAUACUACAUCAUAUACCAUGCAAUAUACUACAUCAUAUACCAUGCAAUAUACUACAUCAUAUACUAUACAAUAUACUACAUCAUAUACCAUGCAAUAUACUACAUCAUAUACCAUGCAAUAUACUACAUCAUAUACUAUACAAUAUACUACAUCAUAUACCAUGCAAUAUACUACAUCAUAUACCAUGCAAUAUACUACAUCAUAUACUAUACAAUAUACUACAUCAUAUACUAUACAAUAUACUACAUAA